AUGCCAGCCCCAUCACAGCUCGCAAUCGCUACCUCAUCUCUCAACCGCCUAGUCCAGGAAGAGGCGAGCUACCACCAAGAAUUCGAAUCACAGCAAGCCAGGAUCGCGAAGCUCGAACAAGGCAGCGACGCCGAUGAGAAUGCCGAGUACACGUUGAGACAGGAGCGCAAAGCUCUCGACGAGACCAAAGCCAUGUUUCCCCAACUUCGUCAGAAGAUUGAAGAGGCGAAGGCGAAGCUCGAGGGCCAGCUGGAGCAAGACAAGGGUCCAGGCGACCAAAGUUCGCCAGAGGACAUCACAAAGGCCAAAGAGGCCAUUGCAGCUGCGUUGCAUGCCAUUCGUGAGACAUCAUGA